AUGUCGAGGCUGAUCAGAUCGACAUCUACUCACAAGAAGCUGGAGCGUGGCAACGCGUCCAAAGCGCGUCGACCUCUCUGCGCCGGAACACCAGUGAGCCCAGCCCUCGGCUACGGGGAUGAUCGGCUCUUUUUACGUGAUGCCUGCUAG